AUGUACACCUAUCUCAACUUCCUUUAUUACUACCCAUCACUGCCGAGUGCCGAGCGAAGGCACUGCAACAACUGGACUCCUAGUAUCGACGGAACACAAGCCUACACAACCAUCCUGAUAUCAGCUCACCGUAGGCACCAUGACGACCAAAACAUCUAUGACGACCCAGGCUUCUUCAGCAAGUACCUCGGGCUGAAGAAGACGCUCCCAGCCGGCCAAGCCGGUGUUCGCGACCUGUCCAAACUGGAGGAUGACCUGCCACCCAUGAGCAACCUCCGCGGCCUCGACAUCGGGUGCGGCGACGGAUGGUUCUCGCGCUGGGCCAUCCAGACUGCGGGAGCUGCCAACAUGCACUGCAUCGACAUCUCGCAGAGCAUGCUGGGACGAGCGCGCGAGCUCAGCUUCGCCGAGGCCGAUAUCAUCAACAACUGCAUGAGCUUCGAGAGGGUCGAUCUUAACCACCCGCCGAGCACAUUUGCGGUGGCGGGCCAGGAGUUCGACUUCGCAUUCAGCGCCCUGGCCAUCCACUACCUGACAGACUGGCCCGCCCUCGCACGGGCUGUCCACCAGAGCAUCAACCCGAACGGCUGGUUCUACUUCUCGAUCGAGCACCCGAUGGCCACGGCGGCGCGAAAGGGGGAGCUCGUCCGGGACGCCGACGGCAACAAGGCGUGGCCGAUCAACGGCUACUCGGACGAGGGAGAUCGCGUGCGGACCUGGCUGUCGGAGGGUGUUGUCAAGCAGCACCGAACCCUGGCAUCGUACAUGAAUGGCCUCCUGGACGCCGGUUUCGACAUUGUAGACUUCCUGGAAUGGGGCCGCGCCGACGCGGGCCAUCUUCGCGACGAGAAGUGGUGGUCUACGGAGGAACAGCUGCCUUGCUACCUGAUGAUCGGAGCGCGGAAAAGGAAACAGAUAAACUGA